AUGCUCGCCGCCGCCGCCGCCAUCGACAACCUCAACUCAACCAUGAUGGCCCGAGCCUCCCUCGUGGCGGGCUACCUCCUCGCGAGGACCGUGUCCGCCACCGCCUCUCUCGCUGAUGCCUUCCUCGUCCGCGCCGAGGACGUCCUCUCCACGCCCUACGUCUCCCUCCUCUCCGCCGAAGCCGCCCGCGCUCCCGCCCUCCUCCGCCGGCAAUCCAACACCACCGAUGGCAUCCAGCUCCGCCCCGACGGCGCGCUCAACCUCACCGCCUGGGACACCGAAACGGACGCCGCCUGCGUCGCCGCCCUGCGCGCCAUCCAACGCCCCAGCAACCCCUCGGGCAACUGCAUCUGCUAUAACCUGCCGUCGCUCGACACCGCCUCCGGCGUCUUCGAGGCCGAGCUGCGCCUCUACAAGGUCUCGGAGCCCCGCGGGCCCUGGACCGGCAUCCAGCCGGCCGCCAUCAAGGUCAGCGUCGCGUACAACGGCGCCAGCGCGAGCCCCGUCACCCCGGACGCGCUCAAGGGCCAGGGCAUGACCGGCGCCGCCCCGAAGCAGCGCCGCGGCGACCUGGAGAGCCGCGAGGACCACAACCCGCAGCUGCUGCAGGCGUACAUGCUCGUCGGCCAGAUUGACCAAAAGGAAAUGUCCGACUCAAUGUCCAUGGCCGCCUUGCAAACCUUCGUCAUGCCCACGCUCACCCUCGCCGCGACCAACGCCAGCGGCAUCCGCGUCGCCACAAACGUCAGCCUCAACGAGGCCACCUUCCUCAACGGCGUCUUCUCCCGCGAGGUCGUCCUGUCGGACUUCUCCGCCGCCCAGGCCGCCGUCGACGACGCCCUCGCCGCCCUGCACAACGGCACCGCCGCCUUUGUCCUCCCCGGCGUCGACCUCAUGAUCUUCCCCGUCGGCCUCAUCAUCACUUCGAUCUGGCUCUUCCUCGGCCUGGUCGCCUACGGCAUGGGCACCUUUGAGCGCAUCCAGUACGCUGAGAUGUACAAGCAGCGCAAGGGCUUCGACAACAGCCGCAGCCGCGGCGGCAAGACGAUUUGA